AUGCCAGAAGACGCAAGAUCACUUCUCCGAGCAGCCGCAAAGGAGCGUGCAAAGUCGAAGGCAUCCAUUAUCUCGGACCGUUUCGCAUCCUACUCUUCUACGGGCUCCCUACGAUGUUCAGCGUGCAACUACCUCACGAUCAAGCACGAGAGUCUAUGGGGAGCACAUGCGCUUAGCAAGAGUCAUCGUGCCAACCUAACACGGAUCCGGGAGGAGGAGCUGCGACAAGCCGAGCUACAGCGCACAAAGGAAGGGAAACGUAAGGCAGACGAAACCGACGCCGACCUGGACGAGGGUGAUGGCCCUCAACCUUCUGGCUUGAAUAGAGACGCUGACGAGGGCGAAGCAGCCCCAGAGAGUAAGAAGGCAAGAACGGGUGCUAGCAUAGAUCCGGAAUGGGAGCUGUUCAAGACACAAAUGGAAGCAGCCGAAGAGGAGCAGCCGAAUCAAACGACGAAUAACUACAGCGCAGGAGCGGCGCUUGAGGCAGAAGCGCAGUUGAUAUUGCAAGAUGGUACGGAGGGUCAAGCUGCAGGAGAAGCAGAGCAAGAGAAGAGCAAAGAGGAGAUGGAAGCACUAGAAACAGCGCGGAAAGAGCAAGAGGAACGCGAAGAGAUCCUCUCACGGCUUGAAGAGGAGCAACGACAGCAAGACGAGGCAGACCAAAGGGUAAGCGCGUUGAAACAAAGGCUUCAGCGCAUCAAACAAGCUCGUCUAGAAAAGCAGAAAGCUGCAAAGAAGGCAUGA